AUGGCUCAACUGCCUCCGGUUGGCCACGAGGAGUUCUAUUCUAUCUUGGCAGCCAAUGAGGACAUGGUGUUUAUGCACGUGGAUGAACCAGGAGGUCAGUCAAUAGCCUAUACUGUGUUCUUUUUUCCACACAAUGUCACUCUAGUUAACCAUGUUGGAGAGAACCCUAACAGAACCAAUGUUGUCUCCUCAUCCUGUCACUCUAGUUAACCAUGUUGGAGAGAACCCUAACAGGACCAAUGUUGGUUCUCAUCCUGUUCACUCUAGUUAACCAUGUUGGAGAGAACCCUAACAGGACCAAUGUUGUCUCCUCAUCCUGUCACUCUAGUUAACCAUGAUGGAGAGAACCCUAACAGGACCAAUGUUGUCUCCUCAUCCUGUCACUCUAGUUAACCAUGUUGGAGAGAACCCUAACAGGACCAAUGUUGUCUCCUCAUCCUGUCACUCUAGUUAACCAUGAUGGAGAGAACCCUAAACAGGACCAAUGUUGUUCCUCAUCCUGUCACUCUAGUUAACCAUGAUGGAGAGAACCCUAACAGGACCAAUGUUGUUCAUCCGUCACUCUAGUUAACAUGUUGGAGAGAACCUAAUAGGACCAAUGUUGUUCCUCACCCUGUCACUCUAGUUAACCCAUGUUGGAGGGGGACCCUAACAGGAACCAAUGUUGUCUCCUCAUCUGUCACUCUAGUUAACCAUUUUGGAGGAAACCCAACAGGACCAAUGUUGUCCCCUUCAUCCUGUCACUCUAGUAACCAUGUUGGAGAGAAACCCUAACAGGACCAAUGUUGUUCCUAUCCUGUCACUCUAGUUAACCAUGAUGGAGAGAACCCUAACAGGACCAAGUUGUCUAUCCUGUCACUCUAGUUAACCAUGUUGGAGAGAACCCUAACAGGACCAAUGUUGUCUCCUCAUCCUGUCACUCUAGUUAACCAUGAUGGAGAGAACCCUAACAGGACCAAUGUUGUCUCCUCAUCCUGUCACUCUAGUUAACCAGUUGGAGAGAACCCUAACAGAACCAAAUGUUGUCCCCUAAACCGGGUCACCUAGUUAACCAUGUUGGAGAAAACCCCUAACAGGACCCAAUUUUUGUUCUCAUCCUGUUCACUCUAGUUAACCAUGAUGGAGAGAAACCCUAACGGGAAACCAAUGUUGUCUCCUCAUCCUGUCACUCUAGUUAACCAUGAUGGAGAGAACCCUAACAGGACCAAUGUUGUCCCCCACCCUGUCAUUAGUUAACCAUGAUGGAGAGAACCCUAACAGGACCAAUGUUGUCCCCUCAUCCUGCACUCUAGUUAACCAUGAUGGAGAGAAACCCUAACAGGACCAAUGUUGUCCCCUCACCCUGUACUCUAGUAACCAUUUUGGAGAGAACCCUAAAAGAACCAAAUUUGUUUGUCUAUCCUGUCAUGCCCUCUGUAUCCCUUAUUUCUUCUCUGUUCCUGUCUUCCUCUACUAAGCUAUAUGGAAAUGUAAGACCCCUUGAAGUAUAUAUAAAAAAUAAAAAAAUAAAAUUCAUGAAAUGUUUUGGGGGGCCUCAUUUGCUAUUAGCCCAUACAAACACAUUGCAUAACAGAUUCAUUACAUGGAACGACUUUGUCAUCUCUUAAAUAGUUCUCCUUUAGUUUAUAAAUGUAUCAUAACUUGGUUCUUUGUCUCCAGACACUUGCCAUGUCUCCUCUCUUCCUCUGCUUCACUUUUCUCCAUUGUUGAUCUAUUCUAAUGAAGUUCACUGUGACCUAAUCCUUUAUGUCUCUCUACACUGGCUUUGGCACCAUCUAUGUGUCAGAUGACAGAGGCGCUGUUUAAGUUCCCUUCUUCUGGUACUUAUCCCUGUUUGUCUUUACUUCCUCCCUUGCUUCAGAACCCCGUUUACCCAAAAAGGAACCCAAAUUGUAACGGUUACCGGGGGACCCCAGGUCCCAAAAGGUACCCCUCCGGUUUAACUCGGAAAAAAUUAUUAAUCCCCUGUUAAUGGUACUCCCCGCUUUAGUACUUACUAAUGUUUUCCAAUUCCUCGAAUUUCCCCUCCUAAAUUUUGGGGGCCCACCUUUUAGUAACUCCUGCCCAAACCCCCGGGGCCCCAAACCCAGGGAAGGCGAAACGAAACCCCCGGACGAACCGGAAAGGCCCCGAAGUAAACCAAGGGAGAAAACCGAACAGUGAUAAUACGGAAACCCCGUUCCUUCAUCCUGUAUCUACUCCCCUUUAUUUCCCUGGGUUUUCUCUCUCCACCUCUCGUACUUCCCCCUGUUCUUUCCCCCCUGUAAAUCUCCUCCCUGUUUCCUCUCCCUGUUCCUUUCCCUCCUCUCGUACUCUCCUCCCCUGUUCCUCUACUCUCGUCCCCUUUCCCCGUUCUUCCUCCCUUUGUACUCUCAUCCGGGUUUCCUCUCCUUGGAUCUCCUCCUGUUCCUCUCUUCUGGAAAUCUCUCCCCUGUCUCUCCUCCUCUGACUCCUGCUUCCCUCCGUCUCUCCCCUCUGUUUUCGUAAAUUUCCCGGCCUCACCUCCCCUGGCCCCGCUCUCGGAAGGAAAAGGUUGGGAAAAAGAGGGAAAAAACCCCAAAGAAGAACCCAAAAAACCCCUUUUCCGAACUUGAACCCCCCUCUUCAUACUCAGUACGAAAUGUUAACCCCUGUUAUUCGUUAACAGUUAUACUGUCCUCCCCGUUCCUUCUAUCCUACCCAAAGUACUCCCAAACCCGUUUCUUGUACGUUUUAAAUUUUCCUAUUUAAACCCUCGUUUCCCUUUCCCCCGUACUUCCCCCGGGAAUCUAGGAAAUUUCCCUUUUUUUUUCCCUUCUCCCUCUCUUUCCCCGUCCCUUAUCCUUUAUCCUUUCCCCCUGUUCCUCUCUCCUCCGUCUUCCCUGUAUCUUAUCUUUUGGAAUUCCCACUUUCCUUCUCCCAGUUUUGCCUCCGUGUAAUACCCGUUCCUCUCUCUCCUCUACACCCCCCGGGGCCCCCUCUUCACCACGUAUUCCUUUUCAGUACGUGAAUACAGCUCUUCUCCUAUAUGUCCCCAGACACAGGCUUUGGCAGCAUCUACGUGUCAGAUGACAGAGGGACAGUGUAUUCCAAGUCUCUGGAGCGUCACCUCUACACCACCACAGGGGGCGACACUGACUUCACCAACGUUACCUCUCUACGAGGAGUCUUCAUCACCAGUAUACUGGCAGAGGGUAGGGACUACUACACACACACACACACACACACACACACACACACACACACACACCUGCUUUAAAUUCCCCAACAGUUAGAACAGCCCUGAGAUGGGGAAGAAAGGGAGUUCCAAAGGCGUGGGAGGAAAAGGUCACAUGACCGUGUCCCAGACGCCUGUUCCUCAGACUACGGUGUAUUAUUGCCAUAGCAGGAUGUACGACUUUCAUUAGCCUGUUCAGUGUGAGAUCAGCUGCAUGUCUACAGCAGAGAUACACUGGAUUAUAUCUAUAUGGCUCUCAGAAUAACCUCUGUCUCAUCGUUGUGUUGUUGUCCAGACGGCUCGGUGCAGUCCGUGGUGUCCUUCGACCAGGGAGGGGAAUGGGUGCCCCUGCAGAAGCCUGACAACACCAAGUGUGACUCCACAGCUAAAGACCCCAACAUGUGCAGUCUCCACAUCCACGCAGCUUACAGCACGGCUAUGAAGCUGAACGUCCCCAUGCUGCCUCUCAGUGAACCAAACGCUGUAGGACUCAUCAUGGCUCACGGUAAAUCACACACGCAGGGAUUCACGCACACGCACACGCACACGCACGCGCAAACACACACACACACACACACACACACACACAUCUUCUUCUCCUCAUUAACAUGUUCAUGACUGUUUCAAUUUGGCUAAGCAAAAAGGCCAGGCCAUUGCCGGUGUCUGGGCGAGCGUUAACACUCAGGGUUCAAGUCUCGACUAGCCACUAAUCUGUGGCUCACUCCCAUAAUCUAUCUAAAAGGCAUAUAUUAUAUUAUUACUAAUAAAUUAGUUUGACACCCCUGUAAUAAUAUAAUAUAUGCCAGUCGCAGACACUUUAACCCAAAGCGACUUAUUGAUGCAUGCAUACAUUUCUUACGUACGGUUGGUACCGGGUAUCGAACCCACUAUCCUGGCGUUGCAAGCGCCAUGCUUUACCAACUGAACUACAGAGGACCAUGCUCUACCAACUGAACUACAGAGGACCAUGCUUUACCAACUGAACUACAGAGGACCAUGCUCUACCAACUGAACUACAGAGGACCAUGUUCUACCAACUGAACUACAGAGGACCAUGCUCUACCAACUGAACUACAGAGGACCAUGCUCUACCAACUGAACUACAGAGGACCAUGCUCUACCAACUGAACUACAGAGGACCAUGCUCUACCAACUGAACUACAGAGGACCAUGCUCUACCAACUGAACUACAGAGGACCAUGUUCUACUAACUGAACUACAGAGGACCAUGUUCUACCAACUGAACUACAGAGGACCAUGCUCUACUAACUGAACUACAGAGGACCAUGCUCUACCAACUGAACUACAGAGGACCAUGUUCUACCAACUGAACUACAGAGGACCAUGCUCUACCAACUGAACUACAGAGGACCAUGUUCUACCAACUGAACUACAGAGGACCAUGCUCUACCAACUGAACUACAGAGGACCAUGCUCUACCAACUGAACUACAGAGGACCAUGCUCUACCAACUGAACUACAGAGGACCAUGCUCUACCAACUGAACUACAGAGGACCAUGCUCUACCAACUGAACUACAGAGGACCAUGCUCUACCAUCUGAACUACAGAGGACCAUGUUCUACUAACUGAACUACAGAGGACCAUGUUCUACCAACUGAACUACAGAGGACCAUGUUCUACCAACUGAACUACAGAGGACCAUGCUCUACCAACUGAACUACAGAGGACCAUGUUCUACCAACUGAACUACAGAGGACCAUGCUCUACCAACUGAACUACAGAGGACCACCAAUAUACCAUUUUCAAAGCAGUGGUGUCUAAUAGGUACAGUUGAAGUCGGAAGUUUACAUACACCUUAGCCAAAUACAUUUCAACUCAGUUUUUCACAAUUCCUGACAUUUAAUCCUAGUAAAGAUUCCCUGUCUUAGGUCAGUUAGGAUCACCACUUUAUUUUAAGAAUGUGAAAUGUCAGAAUAAUAGUAGAGAGAAUGAUUUAUUUCAGCUUUUAUUUCUUUCAUCACAUUCCCAGUGGGUCAGAAAUGUACAUACACUCAAUUAGUAUUUGGUAGCAUUGCUUUUAAAUUGUUUAACUUGGGUCAAACGUUUCAGGUAGCCUUCCACAAGCUUCCCAUAAUAGGUUGGGUGAAUUCUGGCCCAUUCCUCCUGACAGAGCUCGUGUAACUGAGUCAGGUUUGUAGGCCUCCUUGCUCGCACACGCUUUUUCAGUUCUACCCACAAAUUGAGGUCAGGGCUUUGUGAUGGCCACUCCAAUACCUUGACUUUGUUGUCCUUAAGCCAUUUUUCCACAACUUUGGAAGUAUGCUUGGGGUCAUUGUCCAUUUGGAAGACCAAUUUGUGACCAAGCUUUAACUUCCUGACUGAUGUCUUGAGAUGUUGCUUCAAUAUAGCCACAUACUUUUCCUUCCUCAUGAUACCAUCUAUUUUGUGAAGUGCAACAGUCCCUCCUGCAGCAAAGCACCCCCACAGCAUGAUGCUGCCACCCCCGUACUUCACGGCUGGGAUGGUGUUCUUCAGCUUGCAAGGUACCCCCUUUUUCCUCCAAACAUAACGAUGGUCAUUAUGGCCAAACAGUUCUAUUUUUGUUUCAUCAGACCAAGUACGACCUUUGUCCCCAUGUGCAGUUGAAAACCGUAGUCUGGCUUUUUAUGGCGGUUUCGGAGCAGUGGCUUCUUCCUUGCUGAGCAGCCUUUCAGGUUAUGUCGAUAUAGGACUCGUUUUACUGUGGAUAUAGAUACUUUUGUACCUGUUUCCUCCAGCAUCUUCACAAGGUCCUUUGCUUUUGUUCUGGGAUUGAUUUGCACUUUUCACACCAAAGUACGUUCAUCUCUAGGAGACAGAAUGCGUCUCCUUCCUGAGCGGUAUGACGGCUGCGUGGUCCCAUGGUGUUUAUACUUGCGUACUAUUGUUUGUACAGAUGAACGUGGUACCUUCAGGCGUUUGGAAAUUGCUCCCAAGGAUGAACCAGACUUGUGGUGGUCUACAAUUGUUUUUCUGAGGUCUUGGCUGACUUCCUUUGAUUUCCCCAUGAUGUCAAGCAAAGAGGCACUGAGUUUGAAGGUAGGCCUUGAAAUACAUCCACAGGUACACCUCCAAUUGACUCAAAUGAUGUCAAUUAGCCUAUCAGAAGCUUCUAAAGCCAUGACGUCAUUUUCUGGAAUAUUCAAAGCUGUUUAAAGGCACAGUCAAUUUAGUGUAUGUAAACUUCUGACCCACUGGAAUUGUGAUACAGUGAAUUAUAAGUGAAAUAAUCUGUCUGUAAACAAUUGUUGGAAAAAUUACUUGUGUCAUGCACAAAGUAGAUGUCCUAACCGACUUGCCAAAACUAUAGUUUGUUAACAAGAAAUGUGUGGAGUGGUUGAAAAAACAAGUUUUAAUGACUCCAACCUAAAUGUAUGUAAACUUCCGACUUCAACUGUAGUUAGUGGUGUCUAAUAGGUAGUCAGCUCACCUCAUCCUUAGAGAAUGAUUACAUUUUUUAAUUAAGUAAUUUAUUUAUGUGCACACAAGAAAAUACAAGAUAAUGUGAUGAUGAGGGUUUAAAAGGCAAAUAGCGUUUGCAGGAGAGGUAGAAAACCCUGAGGGCCCUGUAAGGCUCUUUAGCCUUUUAAAAUGAUUAAACUUGGAUUAGCAAACACAACGUGCCAUUGGAAACACAGGACUGAUGGUUGCUGAUAAUGGGCCUCUCUACGCCUAUGUAGAUAUUCCAUUAAAGAUCAGCCGUUUCCAGUUAUAAUAGCCAUUUACAACAUUAACAAAUGUCUACACUCUAUUUCUGAUAAAUUUAAUGUUAUUUUAAUGGACCAAAAAAAUUGCUUUUCUUUCGAAAACAAGGACAUUUCUAAGUGACCCCAAACUUUUGAAAGGUAGUGUGUGUGUGUAUAUAGACGUUUCAAUCAGAUGCACACCGAACAAACCGGCACCAAGAACUAUCAGCCAGGCAGCACCACAACAGCCGACCCUGUUUCCCAGGGGUUUGUACUUCAGGAAGGUUACCGGGUGGAUCCCUGCCAGAUAGCGCUCCACACAGAUACAGCUUUGAAACAGGGGUCGACCAGUGAACAACAGACCCAUACCAAAUGCUGCAAGACGUGAGACUGCAGGUGUUUUGAUGUGUAUGCUGACAAUGAAGAAGACAGAAGCCAGGCAGAAGAUGACGUCGGACACGGCCAGGUUGAGAGAGAAGAACCCUUGAGGCCAUUGUCCCUCCCGCUCCGGUCACGAUCAGCCUCAGGACAUAGCCAUCGGUGGGGACACUCAGGAUGAGAUUGAUUGCGCAGGAAGCAGUGUUGAUGGAUGUGCCUUUUGCAUGGAGGGCAGCUACUGAAGUUCUGUUAUGUCUCUGAGAUGUUCAUGUCUUCACCUUCAGGAUUGGUGUGUAUGCUUCUACAAUGAUAAAGAGUUGUUACUAGGAGUUUUUCCUGUUGCAAUGGCACAGUAAAACAUUUAUCGAUCAAAGGAAUCAAGAUUGGGGUCAAUUCCAUUUCUACUCAGUCAAUUAAGGAAAUCGAUCAAUAUCAGAAAAUGAUAUGACACUUAAUGUCUUAUUCAACACAUCUGAUGAAAUUAUCCAAAUUCUGCGAAACGAGCAUUUCCCCCAUUUUGUUUUUUACGUUCGAUAAGAACUGGGUUUAAAUACAUGUGUAUUUGAUUAUUAGUUAUUUAAAUACUUAUUUUCUGUGUAUUUGAGUAUUUUCAAAUAAUGUGGACCGAAUCACCUACUUCUGUUGGAAGUAUUUUAAAAUCAUUUCCUAGAAAUAACCAACUUUUUCAAAAUAUUUCCAUAUACAUUAUUUUAAAUACAGGGUUUAAAUGCAGCACAGUUUGUAUUUGGAUAAAUACUGUGUGUAUUUUAGUAUUUUCAAAUACAUGCAAAUACUUUCCAAGUGUAAUUCCAAACAUUCAACUACUUGUGUUUAAACAAAAAUAUAUCCAAUUAUUUAUAAUAAUAAUAAUAAUAAUAUGCCACUUAGCAGACGCUUUUAUCCAAAGCGACUUGCAGUCGUGCGUGCAUACAUUUUAUACGUAUGGGUGGUCCCGGGGAUCGAACCCACUACCCUGGCGUUACAGGCGCCAUGCUCUACCAGCUGAGCUACAGAGGACCACACUAACAAAUGUCUUGCAUUUACUAACAAAUGUCUUGGAAAGUUAUUGAAAUACCCUAAAUGGUAUUUGAACCCAGGUCUGAACCCAGGUCUGAAUUGGAGACAAAUUCUGAGAUAAAAGGAACACAUCUGAAUGGACGGAGUUCUCCUCUGGUCUGGAAAGUGUAGAACUGAUGUUACAUUGACAAGCUGAAGCUGAUUGUGUGCUGCAAACACACACACACACACACACACACACACACACACACACACACACCUGUGUCACUCCACUCUUGCUGGCCUGCCAUCACCUUGAUGGACCACACCUGGCUGGCAUGCAAAUGUUGACAUGCAAAAUGUAAUCGAUGUCGCACCACUAAGUGACUGUGAUUAUGAUUGAAGAGGAUAUGCCGUGCAGUGUGCUAUGGAUGUGUUAUGGAUAGGGCUGUGAUUCUUCCUGACAGGUCAAAUGGUGCAGAAGGUAUACCAUCUAAUGUUAUUUAAACGGAUUGGUAAAUCUAUUUUUGGACUUUUAAAUUAAUGAUAUACUGUAUAGAAAUUGAUUCUUGAAGAAUAUACAGUAACUUAUAAAUAGUUCAACUAUCAGAUGACUGGGGCUACACCUUGCUGUCUAUUUAUUUGACCUCUGACCUCUAACCUCUCCACUCUGACCCUUAACCCUCAGGGAGUGUGGGCGAUGCCAUCUCUGUGAUGAAGCCUGACGUAUUCGUGUCCGAUGACGGGGGCUACACCUGGCUCCAGGCCCUGAAGGGACCUCACCACUAUGCCAUCCUGGACUCUGGAGGACUACUGGUGGCUGUGGAGCACUCUGCUCAGCCCAUCAAAGACAUCAAGUACGUCUGUGUGUCAAAAGAAAGGCUCUGGUCAAAAGUAGUGUACAAUAUAGGGAAUAGGCCAGGUCGUCAUUUCAGACACCGAUUAUGCAGGAGAGGCGAUGCUGGUAGCCUGGAUGCCAGUCUCAGACUAUUCUGCUGUAAGACAUACUGGUACCCAGGCUAGAAUGCAGAGGCCAAAAAAGAAAGAAGGAAACCACUAAAACAUACGAUAAAACACAUUAUGGCAAUUGUGCUGACGUAGGAUAUGUGUUCUUUCCUGUCAGGUUUUCCACAGACGAGGGCCAGUGCUGGCAUGUUCACCAGUUCACUAGCGACCCCAUCCACUUCACAGGGCUAGCGUCGGAGCCGGGGGCGAGGUCCAUGAACGUCAGUGUCUGGGGCUACAGAGAUGCUCUGCUCAGUCAGUACUGGGUAUCCGUCACCAUCGACUUCAGAGAGCUGCUCACUAGAGACUGUGAGUACCAGUACUAGUAAUACCAUGGGAUACAGUUACUGUGUAGGCUAAUGGCAAACCAACCAUUUACAUUUACAUUUUAGUCAUUUAGCAGACGCUCUUAUCCAGAGCGACUUACAGGAGCAAUUAGGGUUAAGUGCCUUGCUUAAGGGCACAUCGACAGAUUUUUCACCUAGUCGGCUCGGGGAUUAGAACCAGCGACCUUUCGGUCUUACCCACUAAGCUACCUGCCGCCCCCCAACCAGGCUAAACGUGAUGUGAUAUAGACAUGCAUUAUAACACUGAGUACCCAGUACCUAGACAUGCAUUAUAACACUGAGUACCCAGUACCUAGACAUGCAUUAUAACACUGAGUACCCAGUACCUAGACAUGCAUUAUAACACUGAGUACCCAGUACCUAGACAUGCAUUAUAACACUGAGUACCCAGUACCUAGACAUGCAUUAUAACACUAUGAGUACCCAGUACCUAGACAUGCAUUAUAACACUGAGUACCCAGUACCUAUACAUGCAUUAUGACACUGAGUACCCAGUACCCAGAAAUGCAUUAUAACACUAUGAGUACCCAGUACCUAGACAUGCAUUAUAAUACUAUGAAUACCCAGUACCAGGGAAUAAAGCUGCUGUAUGAGACGGCUCCCUGGUCUCCAGCACGUCACAGGUCUGUGUUAGCCCACUGAACUAAAGCCUCAUGCAGACUCAUGUCUGUUUCUCAGGUGAGGACCAGGACUACGUGCAGUGGCUGGCGCACUCUGAUGACAUCAGCGACCCUAACGACGGCUGUAUGUUGGGUUAUAAGGAGAAGUUCCUGCGUCUGAGGAAGGCCUCCGUCUGCUGGAACGGACGGGACUAUGAGGUCAACAAGCAACCCACCCCCUGCCCCUGCACCCUGGAUGACUUCCAAUGGUGAGUAGUGUAGUCAUGAAUCUGUUCCGAUAUCCACACUAGUAUACUACCUAGGACCAAGUGUUGUAUUGGGCAUGCAUUCUAAGUGGUAUGGUAGUAUGGAGAUGGGAACUUAGCCACAAUGAUUUAAAGUUGGGCGAACUUUACCGUCUGCUACAUAUGUUUCAGUCAGCUACAGUACAUUGUGGUGGUCACCCUAGCUCCAGUACAUUGUGGUGGUCACCCUAGCUCCAGUACAUUGUGGUGGUCACCCUAGCUCCAGUACACUGUGGUGGUCACCCUAGCUACAGUACACUGUGGUGGUCACCCUAGCUCCAGUACACUGUGGUGGUCACCCUAGCUCCAGUACACUGUGGUGGUCACCCUAGCUCCAGUACAUUGUGGUGGUCACCCUAGCUACAGUACACUGUGGUGGUCACCCUAGCUACAGUACACUGUGGUGGUCACCCUAGCUACAGUACAUUGUGGUGGUCACCCUAGCUCCAGUACAUUGUGGUGGUCACCCUAGCUCCAGUACAUUGUGGUGGUCACCCUAGCUCCAGUACAUUGUGGUGGUCACCCUAGCUCCAGUACACUGUGUUGGUCACCCUAGCUACAGUACACUGUGGUGGUCACCCUAGCUACAGUACACUGUGGUGGUCACCCUAGCUACAGUACAUUGUGGUGGUCACCCUAGCUACAGUACACUGUGGUGGUCACCCUAGCUCCAGUACACUGUGGUGGUCACCCUAGCUCCAGUACAUUGUGGUGGUCACCCUAGCUCCAGUACAUUGUGGUGGUCACCCUAGCUACAGUACAUUGUGGUGGUCACCCUAGCUACAGUACACUGUGGUGGUCACCCUAGCUCCAGUACAUUGUGGUGGUCACCCUAGCUCCAGGCAGAAUAGUAAUUGUUCAACUUUUUUCAACACCACUAACUGUGCUGUCUGCCUGCUGUCCCUGUCUGUCUGUCUGCCUGCCUGCCUGCCUGCCUGCCUGCCUGCCUGCCUGCCUGCCUGCCUGCCUGCCUGCCUGCCUGCCUGCCUGCCUGCCUGCCUGCCUGCCUGCCUGCCUGCCUGCCUGUCUGUCUGUCUGUCUGUCUGUCUGUCUAACCUGCUCCACGCUGCCCCCCUGCAGUGACUUUGGGUACUAUCGUAAAGAGAACAGCCCCGAGUGUGUGGAGCAGCCGGACCUGAAGGGCCACGUUCUGGAGUUCUGUCUGCAGGGCAAGAAGGAGUUACUGCAGACCAGAGGGUAAGGCUUUAGUCUCUCUGUUCCAACCUGGAUCUCCUGCGCUGCGCUUUACAAGACUGUGUUAGCCACUGAGCUAAAGUCUAGGAAUUAGCUUGGGGAGCUAACACAAGUCUACCGGUCUCAGACAAGGUAACUAAUCAGACAAAGCUACUCAUUACAGUGUGGAUCAUCGAAUCACCUCCACUAAGAUACUCUCUGUGUGACCAUGACUGACCACUAACCAUGCCCUCCUGGUCCACAGCUAUAGGAAAAUCCCUGGGGAUAAGUGUGAGGGAGGAACUCAGCCGGAGAGGAAAGAGAUCGACCUCAGUAUGAGGUGUGUCAGUGACCUGCUGGGACCGCAGGAUCUACUGGUGAGUAGAGAUGGCCACUGGUUCUCACUGGUCUUCAGUGGUCCACACUGGUUCUCACUGGUCUUCAGUGGUCCACACUGGUUCUCGCUGGUCCUGUUCUAGAAUGUCAAAAAAUAAUAGAAGGAAGACCUUGCAUAACAUUUAUUGAAUUUGACAACUUACGUAACAAGGGCAGUUUGAACGUGGAAUCACUUAAACAUUUUGGAAGAGUUGAUCUGACUCCCUAUGUAUACAGCAUGACGACGAUGGAAGAUCUGACUCUCUAUGUAUACAGCAUGACGACGAUGGAAGAUCUGACUCCCUAUGUAUACAGCAUGACGACGAUGGAAGAUCUGACUCUCUAUGUAUACAGCAUGACGACGAUGGAAGAUCUGACUCUCUAUGUAUACAGCAUGACGACGAUGGAAGAUCUGACUCUCUAUGUAUACAGCAUGACGACGAUGGAAGAUCUGACUCUCUAUGUAUACAGCAUGACGACGAUGGAAGACUGACUCUAUGAAGGAAGAUCUGACUCUCUAUGUAUACAGCAUGACGACGAUGGAAGAUCUGACUCUCUAUGUAUACAGCAUGACGACGAUGGAAGAUCUGACUCUCUAUGUAUACAGCAUGACGACGAUGGAAGAUCUGACUCUCUAUGUAUACAGCAUGACGACGAUGGAAGAUCUGAUCUCUCUAUGUAUACAGCAUGACGACGAUGGAAGAUCUGACUCUCUAUGUAUACAGCAUGACGACGAUGGAAGAUCUGACUUCUAUGUAUACAGCAUGACGACGAUGGAAGAUCUGACUCUCUAUGUAUACAGCAUGACGACGAUGGAAGAUCUGACUCUCUAUGUAUACAGCAUGACGACGAUGGAAGAUCUGACUCUCUAUGUAUACAGCAUGACGACGAUGGAAGAUCUGACUCUCUAUGUAUACAGCAUGACGACGAUGGAAGAUCUGACUCUAUGUAUACAGCAUGACGACGAUGGAAGAUCUGACUCUCUAUGUAUACAGCAUGACGACGAUGGAAGAUCUGACUCUCUAUGUAUACAGCAUGACGACGAUGGAAGAGUUGAUCUGUCUCUCUAUGUAUACAGCAUGACGACGAUGGAAGAUCUGACUCUCUAUGUAUACAGCAUGACGACGAUGGAAGAUCUGACUCUCUAUGUAUACAGCAUGACGACGAUGGAAGAUCUGACUCUCUAUGUAUACAGCAUGACGACGAUGGAAGAUCUGACUCUCUAUGUAUACAGCAUGACGACGAUGGAAGAUCUGACUCUCUAUGUAUACAGCAUGACGACGAUGGAAGAGUUGAUCUGACUCUCUAUGUAUACAGCAUGACGACGAUGGAAGAUCUGACUCUCUAUGUAUACAGCAUGACGACGAUGGAAGAUCUGACUCUCUAUGUAUACAGCAUGACGACGAUGGAAGAUCUGACUCUCUAUGUAUACAGCAUGACGACGAUGGAAGAGUUGAUCUGUCUCUCUAUGUAUACAGCAUGACGACGAUGGAAGAGUUGGUCUGACUCUCUCUCUCUCUCUGUAUCUCUCCCCUCCUACAGACGGACGGCCAUCUGUCCAGCUCUGCACCCAUCGUAGUGACGGUUCUAAUCAUUUUGCUACUCAGUAUCGUAGCUGGGGUCCUCUUCAUCAAGAAGUACGUCUGCGGUGGAAGGUCAGUACAGCAACUGUCUUUAUGAUUCAGUAUGCUGUUGUUGUUUAGAUCAGUACAUAGCAAACCAAGCUAUACUGUUGUUGUUGUUGUUGUUGUUUAGAUCAGUACAUAGCAAACCAAGCUGUACUGUUGUUGUUGUUGUUGUUUAGAUCAGUACAUAGCAAACCAAGCUGUACUGUUGUUGUUUUAAGAUCAGUACAUAGCAAACCAAGCUGUACUGUUGUUGUUGUUGUUGUUUAGAUCAGUACAUAGCAAACCAGCUAUACUGUUGUUGUUUAGAUCACAGCUGUUGUUGUUUAAGAUCACAGCUGUUGUUGGUGUUGUUUAAGAUCAGAGCUGUUGUUGUUUAAUAUCCGAGCUGUUGUUGUUUAAGAUCUGAGCUGUUGUUGUUUAAUAAUAAUAAUAAUAUAAUAUAUAAUAAUCUGAGCUGUUGUUGUUGUUGUUGUUUAAGAUCAGAGCUGUUGUUGUUUAAGAUCAGAGCUGUUGUUGAUGUUGUUGUUUAAGACCAGAGCUGUUGUUGUUGUUGUUGUUUUAGAUCAGAGCCGGUUACUCAUGCAAACCAAGUGAAAAACUGAAAAUAUCUGAGCCAGCACCGUUUGGUUCUGGUUGGCACAAUGAUGUGUGAAAAGGUUGCAAGUGGCUCAGAGUGUGUUUUGAUUGGCUCCCCCAGGUUCCUGGUACACAGGUACUCAGUCCUACAGCAGCAUGCUGAGGCCCAGGGAGACGGAGUAGACGAGUCACUAGAUAGCAACCACACUCAGGCUGGCAACAAGACCGGCUGCCACGACGAUUCAGACGAG